CCUGGGUGUUCGGUGCUUUUGCGCUGCUCUGUCUGCUUUGUCUGACGUGGUCUUUCGGCUUGCUGUUCCUGAACGACUCCUCGGUGAUCAUGGCGUAUCUCUUCAGCAUCUUCAACACGCUACAAGGGAUGUUCAUCUUCGUUUUCCACUGCCUCCUGCAGAAGAAGGUGCGUAAAGAGUACAGCAAGUGUUUCCGUCAGUCUCAGUGCUGCAGAACUCAUCCAUCUGAAGGACCUCACAGCGUCAACAAAUCCUCCGCCUCCAGAUCCACCGCUCGAUAUUCAUCUGCCACGCAGAGCCGCAUUAGAAGGAUGUGGAACGACACUGUGAGGAAACAGUCCGAGUCUUCCUUCAUCUCUGGCGACAUCAACAGCACUUCCACUCUCAACCAAGGAAUGACGGGCAACUAUCUGCUAACUAACCCUCUCCUCAGGCCUCACGACACUAACAACCGCUAUAACAACCUUCUGGCUGAAACCAUCGUGUGCAGCACUCCUUCUCCUCCUGCUUUCCACUCUCCAGGUCAGCGUUCGCUUAGCAACAGUCGUGAUGUCAGCACAAUGGACACCCUCCCUCUGAACGACAAUUUCAACAAUAGCUACUCUCUGCGGGAGGACGACUACGAGGACCCGGCCAUCAGCUGUCCGACCGGAUGCGAAAUACGCCUGGACGAUGCUGCAUUUGAAAAAAUGAUCAUCUCUGAGCUGGUUCACAACAAUUUACGGCCUCGCAGAAACCAAAGCAGCUCCAAAUGCCAAGCGGACAGAAAUUCGAGUCCUCAGGAAAACUGCGCGGACAUCGACGAAGGUGUCGGAGACAGAAACGAGUGCGAAAACGCUGAAACCGACACCUCCGCUAUGCCCUUGUCCUCCUGCCAUCCAGCAAUGGAGCUUUUACUUCUUAACCCGAACCACCGGGAGGCCCUUGAGGUCCCGCUUUUACCCCAACGAACUCACUCCCUCAUUUACGCCUCCCAGAAAGUCAUCAGGCCACACAAAAUCAGCAGAGACACUCAACAAGAUGAGGGAGAGGUCAAAAAAGAGGAUGAUUCGUCACCAAAUAACAGGGACUCCCUGUACACAAGCAUGCCCAAUCUGAAAGACUCGGAUCUCGUCAUCGGAGAGGAGGAGAAUUCCCCAUGCUCGUCCGCUCAAAGUGAAACCCAGGAACAAUGCUGUAAGAGUUUACCAGAUCUCGGAGACGGGACUCCAGCGAUGUCCUACUAUCAGAUUAGCGCUAGCCUUUCACUGGAGGCUGAAUCUGCCAAUGACGGACAAAUGCAGCUUAUCACCAGCCUCUGAGCCAAGAAUGUUCAUUCUGCAUCUCAUAUUUUUGUCUGUUCGGCCACAGAUGAGAGGACUAGUCCAAGGCACAAUCGCGUUUUAUUUCUCUCUUCUUGAUUUUAUUGUUUUGGUUUUGGUUUUUUAAUAAAUAUGGAGUCGACUUUCUGCUCAAACUCUUCGACCGAAGUGGAGCAGAAAGUGUUUGGCGUCAUCUACAUCCGCCGAAAGCUUUGUACAGUAUACUGUUUUAAAAAAAAAGACAAAAGAAACAUGCCGAUGUCUGACCUUUGUAGAACUCUGAACUAAAACACACACACACACAAUCUCCCAAAACAUUUUGCAGGUGAUUCUGCAAAUAGCGAAUGAGUGAUUGAUCUGAGCAAGAGACUGCGAUGACAGGAAAAUGUAAACGAUAUCCCAGACUCAGGCCUUAUAUUUUCUCUAUUGCACAAAGAGCUGUUGUACGAGCGGCGACUAAAGAGCAUAUAUUUUGCAGUACUCUCGGUGUAAAGAAAGCCCAUAAUCACCACAUGAUGUGCUCAGUUAUGGAUUUUACCAGGAAAACAAAUGUAUUUUGCCAAUGUGUAUGUACAAAAAAGUGAAAAGCUUCCUUAUUUUUUUAGCGUAACGGAAGCGGCGUCUUGCACAAAUUUGCAGUGAAUUGGACUCACCUGUUAAAACGAAAGAACGAAAUGCUUUGAAUUUGUCAGGGAUCUCGUCAACUCGUCAUAUCUCAGUAUUUGGCACUAAUUUAUUGUACGAAGUAUGAAGUGAAAGGGUUUGGAGCUCGAGUGGGUGUGAACAGGAACUCUGUUGAUGUUCAUUUCAGUCUUUUCUAAGAGCCCACUGUGGUUGCAGAUGUACAUUCAACUCUUGUUUGAUAUCGAAUAAAUGUGACAAAUUUUUUA